AUGGGGUGUACAAUGAGCCAAGAGGAGAGGGCUGCCCUCGAACGAUCAAAGCAGAUUGAGAAGAAUUUAAAAGAAGAUGGUUUGCAAGCAGCAAAAGAUAUUAAAUUGUUACUUUUAGGAGCUGGUGAAUCUGGUAAAUCAACAAUCGUCAAACAAAUGAAAAUUAUUCAUGAAUCCGGUUUCACAGCGGACGACUACAAACAGUAUAAACCAGUGGUGUACAGUAAUACAGUACAGUCUUUGAUAGCUAUACUUCGAGCUAUGAGCAGCUUAUCUAUUGAUUAUGGAGAUAAUGAUCGAGAGGAAGAUGCUAAAUUAGUUAUGGAUGUUGUGGCAAGAAUGGAAGAUACGGAACCAUUCAGUGACGAAUUGCUGGGAGCAAUGAAACGACUUUGGGAAGAUUCUGGUGUACAGACGUGCUUCUCACGAUCAAACGAGUAUCAGUUAAAUGAUUCUGCUAAAUAUUUUCUGGACGAUCUAGAUAGAUUAGGACAGCCAAACUAUCAACCAACGGAACAGGAUAUACUACGAACCCGUGUAAAAACUACUGGAAUUGUUGAAGUUCACUUUACAUUUAAAAAUCUCAACUUCAAGUUGUUUGAUGUCGGUGGGCAGCGUUCAGAACGAAAGAAAUGGAUUCAUUGCUUCGAAGACGUUACUGCAAUCAUCUUUUGUGUUGCUAUGUCAGAGUAUGACCAAGUCCUUCACGAAGAUGAAACUACUAAUCGUAUGCACGAGUCUCUAAAAUUAUUUGAUUCAAUUUGCAACAACAAAUGGUUUACUGAUACGUCAAUUAUUCUAUUCUUGAAUAAAAAAGAUUUAUUUGAAGAAAAAAUAAAGAAAUCGCCACUGAAUGUUUGCUUUCCCGAAUAUACAGGUCGAAAUGAUUAUCACGAAGCGAGUGCUUAUAUUCAGGCUCAAUUUGAGGCCAAGAAUAAGUCAACGAAUAAGGAAAUCUACUGUCAUAUGACAUGUGCAACGGAUACCACAAAUAUACAGUUUGUAUUUGAUGCCGUCACUGAUGUGAUCAUUGCCAAUAAUUUGAGGGGAUGUGGUCUUUAUUAA